ACAGCUCUACCCACUGCACCACUGUGCAGCCGGUUUUUAUAUAAAUAUGUAAAAUAACGUAAUGACCCAACAGAACCGUGUGGUUCUGGAAACCUGUUUGGACCGUGGAGGUUCUGACUCAACGUUCUGUUACAUUGAAUGAACCUCAGAUCUACUGCCUGUUUCUGCUCAACCGAACCAAAGAGUCCAACAGAACCAAACCAAAGUCCUGUUGCGUUAACGGGACUCUAACGCCGCCAAUCAGUGGGGGGGAGGAGGGGGAGGGUCCCGCUGAUUGGCCUCCCCCCCCCUGAUUGGCCUUCGGUGGUCAUCAGCGACAUGAGCAGCAGCUUCUGCUUGCUGCUGAAGCUGCAUCUGCUCGGCUCUCCAGCAGGAAGAGGAGCGCUGACGAAUCACCGCUGGAUGCCGUUUCCUAGGCGACGGUGAAGUACGCAGUUCCUGUAAACCUGAUGAUUUAUCAGAUAAUUCCUGCUGCACAUUAAAGCAGGUCAGAGAAAAGAUGCUGAGAUCAUCUGUGCUCCGACCUCAGAGCGACCACAUCCAAGCUGUGACAUCACCGCGGGGGGCGUGGCCACAGCAGUCACCUCAGUUCAGACUCCCACGGGCAGGUGAAGAUAAGAUCAGAUGAACUUUCCUGAUCUCAGUCAGACGGACCAAAGCGCUGCGGCAGCAGAGCAACCAGCAGAUGUGUAGUAUGAUAAGGAAGUCAGMAUGAAGCAGAAACCAGCUGAGGGGCUGACAGGAAGCGCCGCGCCGCGCCGCGCCGCGCCGCGCGGCAACACGAACUACUGCAGCGACUCAGUCUGGACUGAAAAAAUAGCUUCACUUGUGAACAAAAUGUUCAGCUGCUCCAGUCACACAUUUGAACAAUAAACUAUCUAUCUAGAUCUAUAUAGAUCCACGUAGUUCCAUCAAACCGCUCCACAAACAGCUUUAAUCACGAUGGUAACUAGACAAUGAUCACGAUCCAGCUAUGAUUUACUGCGUUCACACCGCAGACUUCAAGCUCCGGUUUGGCAGAAAUCAGAUUUUUUUUUCCAUUUUACUAAUUAAACCCGACCGCAGCCACACGACCCAAAGGAUGUGCAGAAGAAGAACGCAGUCACCGCCCUGCGGCGCUGUGUUGGGGGCGGUAAAGAUGCCCGCCGCCCUGCGGCCCUGUGUUGGGGGCGGUAAAGAUGGCCGCCGCCCUGCGGCGCUGUGUUGGAGGCGGUAAAGAUGGCCGCCGCCCUGCGCCGCUGUGUUGGAGGCGGUAAAGAUGGCCGCCGCCCUGCGGCGCUGUGUUGGAGGCGGUAAAGAUGGCCGCCGCCCUGCGGCGCUGUGUUGGGGGCGGUAAAGAUGGCCGCCGCCCUGCGGCGCUGUGUUGGGGGCGGUAAAGAUGGCCGCCGCCCUGCGGCGCUGUGUUGGGGGCGGUAAAGAUGUCACUUUGAAAACUAUCAGAUGUAUUUCCACAGGUGGAAGUGGAACCGGUGGGAUUUUGUUUGGGGUCUACAGAUCGGAGUGGGCUCCUCUGCAGAGGAAAAGCCGGAUCUCGUUUGGCUGCUGCUGCGUUCGACACUUUGACCUUUGGGAGCGAAGCUGACCGUCUAAACUUCAACCCCAUCUGUCAGCCAUCAGCUGAGAUUUUACUUUGAAAAUCACCAACUGUCUUAAAAACCGGCAUGAGGAGAAGAGAUGCUCCAAACAUCUGUCCAUGUUUUCUUCGUCUGGGGGACAGUCUGUCUCCAGGAGUCUCGGUCCAGUCCGGGGAAACGUCCAGGUCCAAAACCCGGUGCUCCGUCAGAUCGUCAUACUUUAUUAGCAGCUGUCUGACAUCCAGUUUCACGGUGUGUGUUGUAGUGGCUGCAGUUUUAGCUCCUCCUGCUUUAAAUAAACUUCUAUCCCGUCAUCAAAACAGUUUAUUGACUUAUUUUUGUCGUAACUUGUCGUGUUUGCUGAACCGACAGACGUCUUAAUGCGCAGGCAGCAUCUGAUGAUCUGACAGAACCCUGGUCCAGAUCCAGAACCCUGGUCCAGAUCCAGAACACCGGUCCAGAUCCAGAACCCUGGUCCAGAUCCAGAACCCCGGUCCAGAUCCAGAACCCUGGUCCAGAUCCAGAACCCUGGUCCAGAUCCAGAACCCUGGUCCAGAACCCUGCAGUCUGACUUCCUGUUCUCUCUGUGGAAGAACCGUGGUCCGAUCUUCUUCCUGGUGUUGGUUCGGAUCCUCCUCACCUCUCUAAAGGUCCCACCACGGCAUUUCAAUCAGCUUGAGUCUGGACUUCGACUAGGCCACUGUGUCUGCUGCCGAUGAGCUGCUGUGACUGGUCCAGUCAGGAACUGCAGGCCUGUGGGAGUCAGUCAGGCCCACACCAUCACUCUGCCACCACCAUGCCUGACAGCGUCGGCUUCUCCUGAGCUGCUGGUUUCCUCCAUCUUGGUCCAACGUUUCUGCUCUGGUCUCAUCUGCUCUGCAUCCAGAUGUGGCUCUACCAACCUCAGGCCGGCGGCCAUCUUGUUUCUAGAGAGAGGCUUUCUGUGUGAUGACCUUUAACCUUUAACCUGCUAUCUUGGGGUCUUUGCUGAGCAGCAGCAGCUUGCCGGCAUUAACCAGCAGGAGAUCCUCCUCAGAUCUUUAGAGCAUAUUAUUUUAUCUUGUUUCUGCUGAGAGUCGGCGGUUCUGAUUGGUUCUGAUUGGUUCUGAUGGGUUCCGAUGCGUUCCGAUCGGUGCCGCUGGGGUGAAACCAGGACAAAUGGGCGAGACGAUCCUCGGCUUCUGGAAUCAGCAGCGUCAGCAUCAUGCUGACUGUCACAGAGUCAGAGAUCAGAGGCUUCAGGAUCUGGGUCAUUGAUCCAGAUGAUCAGAACCGGCAGGAUCCAAUCCUCCAUCAGCGCCGGGGCAGCAGGCUCUGAUGGAUGGUUGGAUGCAUGAUGGAUGGAUGCUGGAUGGAUGGAUGCAUGAUGGAUGGAUGCUGGAUGAUGUGCUCUGCUGUGACUCAGUCUGUAGGAGUUUCUCUGUUUUUGGGUUUUUCUCACAGAUAGAUGCUAAUCAGCAGACAGGAAGUUGAUCAGCUUUAUCAGAUGGACGCUCUGAUAGGAGGAAUCUCCCCGAUCGGUUAUCUGACCCCAGAUCAGAUCUGAUGGUCAUAAAUAAGCUGAUCUGACAGCAGAUGAAUCAGAACCUGACCAGAACACAGAGGAGCCGACAUGCUGCUGCUUCGCCGCGCCGCCGACACGCUGCUGGUCCUGUGCAGUGCAUUGUGGGUAAUCUCCGGGCAGCUGCCCUGUGACUCCACGCUGGUUUUCUCCGACGUUCCUCCGGCUGGAGGAAACGGGAACGUCCAUCAGCGCUCGCUGUCGCCGUGGAGCUGGAGGUCCAGCACGGUGAAGAACCGGAUCCCGUCCACCAUCUGGGAGGCCAGCUGCAGCACCAAGUUCUGCUCCGGACCCAAACCGGGUCAGGAGGGAGAACACGACUGGAACUCUGUCCCGAUCCACCAGAACAUUCUGGUUCUGACCCGGAUGGAGGGCAGCCGCUGCUACAACGCCUCCUACCUCUCAGUGGCAGUGGGCUGCACCUGCGUCCGGGCCAGCACCGAGCAGAACUAGAGACCGGAACCAGAACCGGAACCGAGCAGAAUUAGAGACCGGAACCAGCACCGACCAGUACCAGAACCAGAACUCUAUGGUUGAGUAGUUUGAUGGAAACGGUUCUGAAUCCAGUUUGAUGUUCUGGUUCGACCCGGUUCCUCUGAGGUCCGGUCCUCCUGGUUCCGAUCCGUUCUGUUCAGAACUCUGACGGCUCCUCUUCCUCCUCUGAGCUCUGCGUUUCCAUAGAUACCGAUAUUUUCUGGUUCUGAUCAAAUUUAUGAACACGGACUCGGACAGAACCGCCGUCGUCCGGCCCGGUUCUGAACCUUUAUGGUUCAGAACCGCAGAUUUUCCCAUUCCUCGCUGAACUCGGUUCUGUUUGUGGUUCUGAUUCUAAAAUGUUCUGUUUAGUAUUCAGAUCCUUUGGACUCUUUCUGAACAGAAAUGCUGGAAAAUAUAAAGAUGUUGAAUCUUUAUUUGGGUUCUAAUCCGGUUCUGGUUCUGGUCCAGCUGAAGUUCUGUUUGAAUGUUUUUUAAUUCUUUAAUUUCAUACAAAUAAACUGAAGAAAUGUGAAUAAAAUCCAUCCAGUUCUGUUUGUUAGCGUCAGGUUCUGAACCGGUUCUGAACCGGUUCUGAACCGGUUCAGAACCGGUUCUGGUUCUGAACCGGUUCUGAACCGGUUCUGGUUCUUUGGGUUUAUCGGUUGAUUUGAGGUUUUCCUUUUCUCUCAUAUCUUCUGGUUUCACUGACUGGCUGUUGGUUGAAUUAUUAUAUUUAUUACAUUAAAACGUAACUACAGCAGAACUUUAUUACAGUAACACGGAACCACCAGCAGGGGGAAGCAAAUCCCGCGAGGCUGUAAGCAGCUUCCUUUAAACUCGGUUUUCCAGCAGGUUCGCUGCUUUGGUUCAGGCUUUAAAGGAAAACUGGAGAGAAAAUGGAGAGAAACUGGAGAGAAACUGGAGAUCUACACGUCUAGAGGAAUUCUUCAUAACCUGGAAAAUACUGUACAGCUGUGAACAGACCUGUAGCCAAGCUGGAUAUUUUUCAUAGAUACAUAAAUUCUUAAUCUCCUGAGAGACACGCAGGGGCUCAACGAUGCUGUAAUAUUCAAUAAAAACAGCAAAAAAUAUAAGUUAACAGGAGUUUUGUGAAAACAUUGCAAAGCUUUAAGGCAGAACUAUAGAAAGUGGUUUGUUCUUUUAAAGUAUGGCCGCCAGGGGGCGCUGUGCGGGCCUCAGAAAGUUGGCAGGAAAUGAGGUAAAUAAAAGCCAAUGAAUUUUCAAUCUUAAACAUUUUAUCAUUAUUUUGUUCUGUUUUUCAAUCACUUUAAAAAUAAAAUCUAACUUAAAAUAACUGAUUUACAUACUACAUCUCCUUCUCAUUUUCCAAAUGGCUGCCAGUGAAGCUAUGCUAGCCUUGGUUCUCAAGGUAGCUUAGCAUAGCAUAGCAUAGCGAGACCAAACUGGAAAACUUUCUGAUAAGAAAAAGACCAAACGAGCCGCCCGGCAGCCCCGCCGUGAAGGAAACGACUGUGGAAAUGAAAUCUGAUGGGAUUACCAUCAAAUAUUACACGUUUGCUUAGAAUCAAGAGAGAUUGUGAUGACCA